GUAGGGAAGGGUGUGAUGGCGUGAAGAAGAGAAAGCAAGCCAAUGGCGAAAUAACAACAGAUCCAAAUCCAAACGUCAUGUUGAACAAGACUCACCUCACACUCUCAAUUAACACCUUCACUAGUUCUAAUCUGAUAUCCAUAUAGAUGCAAUUGGUGCUUCUUUUGAUUCGGAUCUGAGCUGCCCAAUUGUAAACAAACGUAAACCCGAUCUACAAAUCCAAUGGAGGAAACCCGAUUGUGUUCAUGGACCGUCUUCCGAUCCGUCUUCGCCAUCUUUCAAUGGUGGAGUUUCAAUGUUGCCGUCAUCAUCAUGAACAAAUGGAUCUUUCAGAAACUUGAUUUCAAGUUCCCUCUGACGGUAUCAUGUGUACACUUUAUAUGCUCAUCAAUUGGGGCGUAUGUGAUGAUCAAAAUCCUAAAGGUUAAACCGCUCAUAUCCGUCGAACCUGAAGAUCGGUGGAGGAGAAUCUUUCCAAUGUCGUUUGUGUUUUGUAUCAAUAUAGUUUUGGGAAACGUCAGCCUACGUUACAUCCCUGUUUCGUUUAUGCAAACCAUCAAGUCAUUUACCCCCGCAACAACAGUGAUUUUGCAGUGGAUGGUAUGGAGAAAGUACUUUGAUUGGAGAAUUUGGGCCUCUCUUGUUCCAAUUGUUGGAGGGAUUCUUCUUACGUCUGUUACCGAACUUAGUUUUAACGUUUUCGGGUUCUGUGCCGCUUUAUUUGGUUGUCUUGCAACGUCAACGAAAACUAUUCUUGCAGAGUCUUUGCUUCAUGGUUAUAAGUUUGACAGCAUAAACACCGUGUACUAUAUGGCACCAUUUGCAACUAUGAUAUUAGCGGUCCCCGCACUUCUUCUAGAAGGAGCUGGAGUUUUGGAAUGGAUUCAGACAAGCCCUAAUCUUAUGUCGUCAUUCGUAAUCAUUAUCGGGUCAGGAGUAACCGCUUUUUGCCUUAACUUCUCCAUCUUUUAUGUCAUCCACUCAACAACCGCUGUCACUUUCAACGUUGCUGGAAAUCUUAAGGUGGCAUUUGCGGUUGCAUUUUCAUGGAUGAUAUUUAAAAACCCGAUUUCUCCUAUGAACGCAUUUGGGUGUGCAAUAACUCUGAUAGGAUGCACGUUUUACGGGUAUGUUAGACACAGGCUUGCUAACCAACUACCGGGAACUCCUCGUACUCCGCGGACCCCACGUUCUCGCUUGGAAAUGACUCCACUUGUAAACGAUAAAAUAGAUGAUAAAGUUUAGUUUUGUUAUCAGUGUUUAGAAAUACAUCAUUUACUCGAGUUGUGAUGCAGUUUUUAGACUAUUCGAGACUGUGGUACACCUUAUAUCUUUUGCCAAAAAAAUACUUAAAAUUUUAUUAGUAUGUGUUUAGCAGAAUGAUAUGAUAUAAUUUUGGCAUCUAUCAGUUUUA